AUGAGCUCCCAAGUACCUCCUGCAACCGCUGAAUAUGGCGGAGAUGAGGUGUCCGCAAUUAUCCUCGACCCGGGAUAUUCAUCCGUACGCGCUGGCUUCGCAGGUGAAGACACUCCAAAAUCCGUUAUCCCAACCUUCUACGGCAAAUACUCUACAGAUGCCCAGGAAAAGUACAUCUAUGGCGACAGCAUCUAUGUUACCCCGCGGCCAGGGCUUUCCAUUCACAACCCCAUGGGGAGGGAGGGGUUCGUGGAGGACUGGGAUAUGGCAGAGAAAGUGUGGGAAUACUCAUUCACAUCGCGACUGACGGGAGCUAAGUCCGGGAACCCGAUGUUUAAUGGACUAAAUGACGUUACCAACGGCGACCUCCCCAUGGAUAUGGAUGUGGUGGAGGCGGAAGAGAGACCGCUGGCUGAUAGUCCGCUCCUCAUGACGGAGUGCGGCUGGAAUCCUGUCAAGGCGCGAGAAAAGACGAUUGAGAUUGCAAUGGAGAAAUGGGGGAGUCCAGCUUUCUACCUUGCUCGGAAUGGGUCAUUAGCUGCAUUUGCUGCGGGCAAAGCCUCAGCCUUGGUCGUUGAUGUUGGUGCAUCAGGUGUCUCCAUCACCCCAGUCCACGAUGGCCUGGUCCUGAAACGUGGCGUCCAGCACUCCCCGCUCGGAGGCGAUUUCAUCUCAUCUCAGAUACGUGCACUCUUUAAAUCCCACACCCCUCAACCUAUAACCAUCACCCCACACUAUCUCGUCGCUUUCAAGACAGCCGUCGAUGCUGGCCAACCUGCCCAAGCGACCUACAAGACAGUUACUCCUGAUCAGGCUCCAGAUCCAUCCUUCCGACGCCUGCUAGAGGAUCGAACGAUCUCUGAAUUCAAAGAAUGCGUAGUCCAAGUCUGGCCGGGCCCACAUUCGCUAUCCAGCACAGGCCCUAACGGUGUCUCCAACGAAGAGAUUGCGCGGGGGAAUCCAGGUCGCCCCUUCGAGUUCCCCGAUGGGUACAACCAAGUGUUUGGCGCAGAGCGAUACCGGGUCGUAGAAUCUCUCUUCGAUGCACAAGCUGCUAUCCCGGACCCAGACUCAGAUUUCCCCGCCCCAACCGCUGCGCAGACAAUACCAGAGCUAAUCCGUAGCUCAUUGAACCAAGUUGACGUCGAUAUCCGGCCACACUUACUUGCAAAUGUUGUCGUGACCGGGGCGACGAGUCUGUUGUAUGGGUUUAAUGAUCGGUUGAACUUUGAGCUUAUGAACAUGUUUCCCAGUCCGCGGGUGCGAAUAACUGCUGCUGGUAAUACGGCGGAAAGGAAGUUUGGGUCGUGGAUUGGAGGUAGCAUUGUUGCGAGUCUGGGGACGUUCCAUCAGAUGUGGAUAUCGAAGAAAGAGUUUGAAGAACAUGGGCCGAAUAUUGUUGAGAAGAGUUUUUCCAUUCGUUCUCCUUCCUGUCAUUAUACGUCGUCUGAUAUCCGCAAUUUCCCCAAUUUCAAGCCGCCCAUUCUUCAAAGCAUGUCUACUACCUCCCGUAAACGGGAUGCCAACCACCUAAAUGGCAGUGGCGGUGCUGCUGCUGAAACAGAUGUAAAGAAACCAAAACCUAACGGGAACAUCGCCUCUUUCUUUGGGGCACAAACGGACAAAAACUCCUCUGCCGCCGGGUUAAAGGAUAUUGCAUCCUCCCAGCCAACAGCGAAGUUCCACAAGGAAAAAUGGGUUGCUGGCCUCACAAAAGAGCAGAAGGAGCUGCUUAAGCUUGAAAUCGACACAUUGGACGAGAGUUGGCUGGCCCAUCUGAAAGACGAGGUGCUGACCAAUGAAUUCCUGAACCUCAAACGGUUUUUGAAAAAGGAGGUUGCGUCGGGCGCGAAGAUCUUCCCGCCAUUCGACGAGGUGUAUUCAUGGUCCCGCCACACCCCCCUCCACACCGUCCGCGUCGUAAUCCUCGGCCAGGACCCCUACCACAACCACAACCAAGCGCACGGCCUCUGCUUCUCUGUCCGCCCACCAAUGCCCGCACCCCCAUCUUUGAAAAACAUCUACACAGCCCUGAAAAACGACUAUCCUUCCUUCGUCAAACCCCCCAACAACGGCGGCCACCUGGCCCCCUGGGCAAACCGUGGUGUGCUCAUGCUGAACACCUGCUUGACCGUUCGGGCGCACAAUGCCAACAGCCACGCGAACCAAGGCUGGGAGAAGUUUACGCAGAAGGUCAUUGACAUCGUGGCGAAGACGAGGACGCGUGGAGUUGUGUUCUUGGCCUGGGGUAAGCCAGCUGGGAAGCGGGUUGCACAUAUUUUAAAGGAUAAAGGAAAAAGGCAUUGCGUGUUGCAGUCUGUGCAUCCUAGUCCGUUGAGUGUGCAUGGGGGAUUUCUCCAAUGUGGCCAUUUCAAAAAGACCAACGAAUGGCUUAGUGAACGGUACGGGAAGGACGGGAUUAUUGAUUGGAGUCUUGUUGACGAGGAAUCUUCCGUCAUAACCUCUACCUCUACCUCAACAACAACAACAACAACAGCUGAAGCUGAAGUUAGCAUUGACAAACGAACCACGACUAUAUCUACCACUGUCAAGGCCACAAACAUUGAAGCCGAAGAAAAAAACAAGACUACUAUCAGCGUGCCAUCGUCAUCUUCGUUGCCAACGCAAGAGGAUGAAGAUGAUGCGGAUGCAUUAGAGGCCCUGGCGGAAGUGGAGUGUGAGCUUUCUGAUUGA